AUGACUAGGCGCCAAAAGAUAGCUGACAUGAUUAUGGAUAACCCCGAGGUGUUCACGGGUAAGAUCGGCAAAGCCAAAACGAAUGAGGUGUCCCUGAUGAUCGAUGACAGUGUCACACCAGUAGUCCAGAAACAGAGACGGAUACCAGUCAAUCUCUCAGAACGGGCAGAAAUCAAGAUCCAAGACCUCCUGGACCAAGACAUCAUAGAACGAGUUCCAGAUAACCAGCCACGCAGUUGGGUCAGCCCUCCGGUGAUUGCUCCCAAACCAGAUUCCAACAACAUUCGUUUUUGCAUCGAUAUGCGCACCAAAUCUGCCCAAGAUAUCCUCCAGUUGGAGAUGCACAAGAUGCUGUCCGGUAUCCCAAGCCAGGUGAACAUAGCGGAUGAUAUCUUGAUUGGCGGGUCAGUCGAAGAGCAUGAUGCAGCCCUGCAAAAAGUCCUGUCAGCCUUAACGAGUAAUGGUAUCACCGUGAAUCCUGAUAAGUGUGUCUUUGAUGUAGAGGAGGUGCGAUUCGUCGGGCUGGUGUUCAACAAGCAGGGCAUAAAACCCGACCCAAAGAAUGUAAAGAAUCUACAAGAUGCAAGUUAA